CUGCCAGCACCGCCAGCGGAGAGCACAGAAGCUGGGAGCAGGCAGAGCUCAUUACCUGCUGCUGCUGCUGCUGCUGCUGCUAGAUCAAUGUACAAACCAUAAAAGUCACAGCCCUGGGAAAGUGGAGGAUCAUCGUGGAGCCUGUGACAUUGGGAGGCUACCAGUAAUAAAGUGACAGAUCACAUACAUAUAAGUCACAGAAGAAAUUGCUAUUUAUCAUUAUUUGGUCCCUGCACUGAGCAGGCUGUGAAAAUGGAACUGUAGCCUGGAUGCUUAUCAAUAAUAUAAUAUCUGUGCACCUAGAGCAGCAGGGAGACCAUGUGCAGCGGAUGUGACAGCCGGAGUGGCUGGGACGGGGAGAGGACUAUCUGUGUGAUACACUGACCGGGGACUGGCUGCUUGGGAUUUAUCGCUGGCAGAGAACAGAGGGAUAAUAAGGGAUUGUACUGAGGAGUCUGAUGGUGACUGCAAGGCAUGCUGAUGAGGGGCUGCAGCCCGGCUCCAUCCGUUGUAGCACAGUGAGCCAGUGACCUAUGUGGAGGGGAUGAAACAAGUGCACUUUCCUUGCUACACCUGCUUCUCAUUCCCUACAACCCUUGUUACUCGGUGAUUCCGCUUUUUUGCCUAUUGGAGAUGAUUGUGUUAUUCCUGCUGGCGUGCAUUGUGGAUGGUCUGCUCUCCCAGCUCUCCUACAAGGUGCAGGAGGAGAGGGACCAUGGCACCUUCGUGGGGAAUAUCGCUGAGGAUCUGGGCUUGGACAUUACAAAACUCUCCAGCCGCCGCUUCCAGUCUGCCCCCAACUCGCGGAGCCCUUACCUGGAGCUGAACCUGGAGAACGGGGUGCUGUACGUCAAGGAGAAGAUAGACCGGGAGCUGAUCUGCAAGCAGAGCCCCUCCUGCCUGCUGCACCUGGAGGUCUUCCUGGAGAACCCGCUGGAGUUCUUCCGAGUGGAGAUCGAGGUGCUGGACAUCAAUGACAACCCCCCGGUGUUCCCGGAGUCGGACAUCCAGGUGGAGAUUUCCGAGAGCGCCACCCCCGGCACCCGCUUUCCGCUGGAGAGCGCCUAUGACCCGGACGUGGGCAACAACUCGCUCCGCACCUACGAGAUGACCACCAACAGCUACUUCGCGCUGGACGUGCAGACCCAGGGGGACGGCAACAAGAUCGCCGAGCUGGUGCUGAGGAAGCAGCUGGACCGGGAGCAGCAGGCGCUGCACAGGUACGUGCUGACCGCUAUGGACGGGGGCACCCCCCAGAGGACGGGCACGGCGCUGCUCACCAUCAAGGUGCUGGACUCCAAUGACAACGUGCCCGUCUUCGAGCAGCCGGUCUACACCGUCACCCUGCCGGAGAACUCGCCCCCGGGCACCCUGGUCAUCCAGCUGAACGCCACCGACCAGGACGAGGGGCAGAACGGGGAAGUGGUGUACUCCUUCAGCAGCCACAACUCGCCCCGGGUGCGGGAGAUCUUCAGCAUAGAGCCCCGCACCGGCCGCAUGGAGGUGAGCGGGGAUCUGGACUACGAGGAGAGCAGCACCUACCAGGUCUACAUCCAAGCCAAGGACCUGGGGCCGAACGCCGUGCCCGCCCACUGCAAGGUGCUGCUGCGGCUGCUGGACCUGAACGAUAACGCGCCGGAGAUCAGCUUCAGCACCGUCAAGGAGGCGGUGAGCGAGGCCGCCCCCCCGGGCACCGUGGUCGCCCUCUUCAGCGUGACCGACAAGGACUCGGAGGAGAACGGGCAGGUGCACUGCGAGAUCCUGGGGGACGUGCCCUUUCGCCUCAAGCUCUCCUACAAGAACUACUACACCAUCGUCACCGACGGCGCCCUGGACCGGGAGCAGGUGGCCGCCUACACGGUGACCGUCCUGGCCCGGGACCGCGGCUCCCCGCCCCUCACCUCCAGCAAGUCCAUCCAGGUGCAGGUGGCCGACGUCAACGACAACUCUCCCCGCUUCUCCCAGGCGGUGUACAACGUCUAUGUAACGGAGAACAACGUGCCGGGGGCUUACAUCUCCGCGGUCAGCGCCAGCGACCGGGACCAGGAGGAGAACGCCCAGCUCACCUACCACAUCCUGGAGUGCGACAUCCAGGGCAUGUCCGUCUUCACCUAUGUCUCCAUCAACUCGGACAACGGCUACCUGUACGCCCUGCGCACCUUCGACUACGAGCAGCUGAAGGAGUUUAGCUUCAUGGUGGAGGCCCGGGACGGGGGGUCCCCGCCGCUGGCCGGCAACGCCACGGUCACCGUGCUCAUCGUGGACCAGAACGACAACGCGCCCUCCAUCGUCUCCCCGCAGGGCAGCAACGGGACGGCCCGGGAGCUGCUGCCCCGCACGGCGGAGCCGGGCUAUCUCUUUGCCCGGGUGGUGGCCGUGGACUCUGACGAGGGGGAGAACGCCCGGCUGACCUACAGCAUCCUGCGGGGCAACGACAUGAGCCUGUUCCGCAUGGACUGGCGGACGGGGGAGCUGCGGACGUCCCGCAAGAUCACCAGCAAGAGAGACCCCCAGCGGCCGUUCGAGCUGGUGGUGGAGGUUCGGGACCAUGGACAGCCGCCGCUCUCCUCCACAGCCCUCAUCCAGGUUCAGAUCGUGGACAGCUCCGUGGAGCGCCAAGGGGGGGAGCAGCGGCCCAGCCGCUCCACAGACACCGCGCUGGACCUCACCCUCAUCCUCAUCAUCGCCCUGGGCUCCGUCUCCUUCAUCUUCCUGCUGGCCAUGAUCGUGCUGGCCGUCCGCUGCCAGAAGGAGAAGAAGCUGAACAUCUACAGCUGCCUGGCCGGUGACUGCUGCCUGUGCUGCUGCCCCCCCUCCUGCUGCUGCAGCCGCCAGGGCAGAGCCCGCAAGAAGAAGCUCAGCAAGUCGGACAUCAUGCUGGUGCAGAGCUCCAACGUGCCCAGCGCUACCCAGGUGCCGGUGGAGGAGUCCGGUAGCUUCGGCUCCCACCACCACAACCAGAACUACUGCUACCAGGUCUGCCUGACUCCUGAGUCUGCCAAAACCGACCUCAUGUUCCUGAAGCCCUGCAGCCCAUCCCGGAGCACCGACACCGAGCACAACCCCUGCGGGGCUAUAGUGACCGGCUAUGCGGACCAGCAGCCUGAUAUCAUCUCCAAUGGCAGCAUCUUGUCCAGCGAGCACGGAAAAGGAUAUGCUAGUCAGAUCUACAGGACUUACCUGAAGCAGCAUGAUUUGCACAAGUUGACCAACAAAAGCAUCAACUGUUCAACUUCAUUAUCCUGGCCAUCUAGUUUGGUAUAACAGAAGGAUUAUUAGUCUGCUGCUGAAGACGUUGGCCAAUAUAAGGACCUUUCUGCUCUCAGCAGGCCUGAGAAAUGAGUUGAAAUGUGAAGAAGAACUGUAGAAACUGCAGAGGCGACUACCCUUGCCUCACUUAUCAGUGUGUGCCUGUUUACAGCACUAUAUAUCUUUCUUUCUCCAAAACGUCACUGAGCCCUUUAGAUGUUUAUAUUCACCACAAGAAGCCAAUCGUACAGAUAGAACAUGCAUUCUAAAUGCAAUAUCACUGUUUUAAACUUGACUGUUUUAUAUUAUUUUUUGUGUGAUCAAGUGUUUCCCAAAUUAUCCAAACUUUACAAGAGAGUUUGUGAUCAUGUAAUUUUCACUUGUGGGUCAUAAAAAAAGAAAAUUAAUGUUUAUCCGCAGACCCAUAAACUAUCAAAGACAUUCUGUAGUUUAUACACCGUGUUGCAAAGUGUUUACUGUACUAUUUCAAAGCUUCUAAAUAAAUAUAAAGUAUAUAUAUUAUAUAAUUUUCUGAAAAAGUGGUACAAUUUAGUUGAUUUAUAAAUGGAUUCAUACAGCCCACAUGAUAAAAAAUUGAAAAUAUUUCAUGUCCUAAAUUAUUUAUUGUUAAUAUAAUUAUUAAAUAGUGUUUCGUAAUUAUAGAUUUGGACCAAUUCCUGUUCACCAUGUUAAAAUACGCUGUAAGCUACAUCAAAUUUGUACGGAACUUUCAAUACCAAAGAUGCAGCUUUCAAGAUUGAGCACUAUGACCUACUAUGGCAUAUUUUGAUCUUCCUUACUUUAUCCUGUGGAUUUUAAUUUUACAACUAAAUUUUAUAUUAAAAAAAAAAAAAUGAUCUGUAAAUGUUGUCAAAACAACACUGGAUAUUCUGUACAGUUUAAAAAUUGUAAAAUAUGUAUCUGAAGAUAACUAUUUUGAAAAAAUAGCCCCAAAUCAUAUAACUUACACGUAUCUUUCUCUAGCAUAGUUUUGUGAAAACUUGAAUUAUAUAUAUAUAUAUAUAUAUCUAUCUCUUCUAAUCUUGCUUAGAAAUGUUUUUUAAAUAGACGAAUCAUGAAGCAUAGUGUUUUCCAAUUCAUUUUUUACACAGCAAGAUUUAAAAUUAGGACCAUUUCACAUUAUUAAACACUUCAAUAUUAUCGGUGUCAGAUAAUAUUUUUUCAUCGUAAAAUUGUAAUAUUUCAAUAUAUAUAUAAAUGAAGAGUGAUAUGUUUUAUUAAAGAAAACAAGUGGCUCAUAAGGACAAUCAUUUUAAAUUUAACUUUUACUUCCAUGUCAAAAAAUUUAUAUAUCAUCAAAAUAUUAAAUGUUAUUAUUUUUAUUUUAUUUUUUAUAUAAUGGUGUGUUUGUUGUAAAUUUUUUUACAACUUUUAAUUUCAAUAUAUGUCACAACAAUUAUUUUUGACUAUAUGUCAAUCAAAUACAAUGUGUUUUUAAAGUCCACACUUUAACAGCUAUUGGUUUUUAAUGCUAUUUUAUGUAUCGAAAAAUGAAAUGUGUAGUAUGGAAUUAAAUGAGAUGGAUGCUCCUGGCCAAACUGCAUUAAUUAAUGUAAUUGGGUGGCACAAUUGGCAGGAGAAUGAUGUACCUGGCUGCAGAGGACAUAACAUGAGGAUGGGAGUCACUUACUUGAUGCUCGCAUUCACUUGUGAUACUAUCUUUUCCCAGGUAUACUCUGCAAAUGCCAUGUCAAGCACUCAUCCCUUUAACAACUAGUGGCUCUCCAACUGUUGUUGAGUUUGAAGUCUUACCGUAGUUUAGCUGGCAGAGCUGAGAUUUCUUUUUGUCCAGCCAUAGUCAAACUAUAGUAUAGUUUAUCUUCAUCUGUUGUCAUUAUAUCUUAGCCUUCAACAAACUGUACUAUUUUCAUUAGCAGCCAAUGAUGAAUAAUUAAUAAGUGUUUAAUGCACUUUUUACACUUCACUUUGUUCUUUUUUAUAUAUUUAACUGAACAUAAAUACAGUAAGUUAAACCUUGAAUCUUAAAUAAAUUAUACAUGUAAAGGGGGAUGUACACACCUCUACAAAACAUGUGCUUGUAUUAUAAUAAUACACAGUGGAGGAAUGAACUUUAAUAUAUACUACCUUACAUUUAUAUUACCUCUGAAUUAUCCAAGGUAUACUAGUUUAUUAUAGCUUGAGUGGAUCUCUGCAACAGCCUAUCAUAUGCUCAUUUUACCCAACACGCCCAUAGGAUAAUACCUUAAUACAAGUUGCUUUCUAUAGCAGCAAAACAUUUUUAAUGAAAAGGACCACAUAUUUUAUAAAUACAUGGUUAUGAGCUGUAUCCUACUAAAACAUGUUAUAGUAAUAUAUAAUAUCAUAACCAUAUUGAAGACAACUAAAGUUAUGGGAUAUGUACAAUACCUGAUCUGCUGGUUAGCCAGCCCUAUUUUACUUUUUACCUCUUUUCAGUUGUAAAGCUACUGCUUAUUUAUUUUUAGUAAGUCUUUACUAUGAUCUACUGUAUAGCUUGCACAUCACUCUAAUGUAAUUGUAUCAUGAAUAUCUAACAUGAAGUUAUAUGAAGUUCUAGUUAUGGUUGUGAGUAUAUGAUUGGACAUUGUACCUGAUUGUACAGUAACCUACCCUAACUACGUAAGUAACUAAUGUGUCAGAUGUAUAUAACUUGAAUCACAUCAUUUCAUUAUAGUCAUGUAAUGUAGAGGUGUAAUUCACUCUUUCAUGUGAAUCAAAAAGUAUGACUGGCUACCAAUAGGUUUCACCAAAACAGCCAAAUCAUUGGUGUGAUUGGGACUGUGCAUAUAAUUAAUUUUGUCCUAGAGAAUUAUCAUACAUUUUUAAUACAUUUUUUACAUUAAUUCAAAUAAAUUGUCCAUGUACCAUGAACACAUGGGUCAUUGAAUACACUUAUUAUAUCAA